AGUUUGUAACGUUCGCUCAGUGUUCAUAAAUUGCACACGCCCUAGUAGUAAAAUAUACAUUAAAUACUAAAUAUGAUAGUAAAUUAAGAUAUUUAUCUUUGUUUUUGUUUUGUUCUGUUGUUGAAGUAUUAUCAAAAGAAGAAUGUCUGUUAGUGCUAGCGCCGAAAACCUAUCGACAGAUGCCCAAAGCUGCGAUGGGGGUUCAAUGUGCCUGGAGCUGGCUCUGGAAGGCGAGCGGCUGUGCAAGGCCGGCGACUGCCGCGCGGGCGUGGCCUUCUUCCAGGCCGCCAUCCAGGCUGGCACCGACGACCUGCGCACCCUCAGCGCCAUCUACAGCCAGCUCGGCAACGCUUACUUCUACCUAGGAGACUACAACAAAGCGAUGCAGUACCAUAAACAUGACUUGACUUUAGCUAGGACGAUGAAUGACAAACUGGGCGAAGCCAAGGCAUCAGGCAAUCUAGGAAACACGCUAAAAGUGAUGGGGAAAUUCUCUGAAGCCAUCCAAUGCUGCAAACGUCACCUGGAGAUAUCCCGCUCUCUCGGAGAUCGGCUAAGCGAAGGCCGCGCCUUGUAUAACUUGGGCAACGUAUACCACGCACAAGGCAAGCAACUGGGACGAGCUGGACAAAACGAUCCAGGACAUUUCCCACAGGAAGUGAGAGACUGUCUGAUGCAAGCCGUUUCUUAUUAUGAGGAGAAUCUCGAGCUGAUGCGAAGCCUAGGUGACAGGCAAGCGAUGGGCCGCGCUUGCGGCAAUCUCGGCAACACCUGCUACCUCUUGGGAGAUUUCGCGAGAGCGAUCCGCUACCACACCGAACGACUCCAGAUCGCUCAAGAAUUUGGCGACCAACCCGCGGAGCGACGGGCUAACAGCAACCUUGGAAAUUCACAUAUAUUCCUUGGGGAAUUUGAAAAUGCUGCUGAACAUUACAAACGAACUUUGGCUUUGGCCGAGGAGCUAGGCGACGCAGCCGUGGAGGCGCAAGCGUGCUACUCGCUGGGCAACACGUACACGCUGCUGCGCGAGUACCGCAUCGCCGAGGAGUACCACGCGCGCCACCUCGCCUCGGCCCGGAGGCUGCAGGACCGCGUGGGCGAGGGCCGCGCCUGCUGGUCGCUCGGCAACGCUCACGCCGCUCUAGGGAACCAUGAGAAAGCUCUCUAUUAUGCCAACGAGCAUUAUAACAUCUCUAAAGAGCUAGGCGAUGUCCUGGGAAUGGCGACAGCUCAAAUGAACAUAAGUGACCUCCGCAAAGUGUUGGGGCUGCCGACCGAGGCGGAGCCCGCGCCGCCCGUCAUCCCGGACGACAGCUGCGCUCCUCGCACGCCCUUCAACGCUCUGCGCGUCCGCCGACAGAGUAUGGAGCAGCUCUCUCUCAUACCUAUAACUCCUGAUGGUAAAAAGAACGAGGAAGAGGAAAAGGACAAGAAGCCGGAAGUGGUUCGAACAGAGUCUGAAGACAACCCCGUGGAAUCUUUCUUUGAAUUGUUGACCAGGUGUCAAUCGGAGCGGAUGGACGAGCAGAGGGCGACACUCAACGGUAACAAGGAAAACAGGCCUAAGACUAAGAGCUCCAGCAACAAGCUGCAGCGGUCUGCUAGCAGCGGCAAUCCAAAUAACGGACCUACAGACGCAAUGCUGGAUAUGAUAACGGAUAAGCAGUCGGAGCGAAUGGACUCUCAGCGCGCCGAGCUGCGUCCAGUGCCGAAGAAACUGAGCAUAGAGAACAAGGGCGCGUCUCUACCAGGCCUUCGGCCGCAGCAGACCACCAGUACGAAGCCUGAAGACGAUUUCCUGGACAUGCUGGCUCGCGUCCAGGGCUCCCGCUUGGAGGACCAGCGCUCAGAGCUGCCGAAGCCGAAGCCGGAGGAGCGCCCGAAGACCGUGCCCGACGACGACUUUUUCGCUCUCCUCAUGCGCGCACAAGCUGGACGAAUGGAGGACCAAAGAGCUACUAUCCCGUUACAAUCAUCUGCCGACAAUCGUCGCAACAAGGGAGGAUCAAGCGUAAAGAAAUAAAUGUAUCGGUAACCACCGAGCCCGGAACCCUCGUCACAUACAUAA